AUGUUUCUUGUACCUGUAAUAAAUAGAACACGGGAAACAUUGAUGGAAGUUAUUAUAUGGAGAAUAAGACCCGGACCAAGAAUUUUUUCCAAUAAAUGGAAUGCUUAUAGAGUAUUAUACUACAGCUCAAUAUAUGUACAUGCUGAGGUAAAUAAUUGGUUGAGUUUUGUCAAUCUAAAUGAAAACGAUAUCCAUACUCAAAACGUAGAAUGUAUGCGAAAUCAUGCUAAAACUUAG